AUGAAACGACCGCAGGUGUCUAGGUACCCAUGUGGGCCAACAUCCGCGUUGCCGGCCGCAAAAAACCCUCGCAAUGACCUCUACUUCAGACCAGCUAAAAAGCCGUAUGAAUACAUCGGUUUGAAAUCCAAACGACCAGCGUUAUUGCUGUGAGCCGGGAAUAAUCUUAGUGUAAUGGACAACUAUUUUGAAGAGCGAUUUUUCCUUGGUCCCUUUAUUGGAAUCCCACGCCACGUGAAUAUUGACAUAUGCCCCCAUUACGUCACGCUCGAUAAGUCCUAUUCUUCGUUAGCCCUUUUCUAUACUUUGCGCCCUGUUGUGCGCUUUUUUCCUAAGCUGAACCAAAGUUCGACUUACAUAAUAUAUAUUCACUCUUUUCUGUUGCAUUAUCGAUAUCGACUAUCACCGCGUAUUUUAUCUGUGUUUCGAGGCUUAUCACAACGUUCUACUGUUUUUCUUGCGUUUAAUAAUAUGCAUUUUUGGGGAUUUAUUAUUACUGAUCCUCCCAGAUCCCCGACCGAUUUACACCAAGAACCAACUCAUCUUUUAGGCAAUUUCAUGUUGCCAACAUACUGGGAAGAUCUUCAUCUAGUUUUUCCGACAUUCCGCGAAGGCAGACCUCACUGCCAAUAGAAGCGAAGAGACGAGUCCCAGGAAGUAGUCUUAUAGAAGGAGACACGAUCGCCGGGACAACAGCUUUAUUGGCCUGACGUUUCGGAUUCCUACUCGAAUCCAUCAUCAGAGACAAAAAAGCAGAGACAAAAAAAGCUUAUUGUCUCUGAUGAUGGAUUCGAAUAGGAAUCCGAAACAGCAGAUCUCACUCUUUACUACACCGUGUAACGUCCCACGACCUCGAUAGGGUUGUUUGGAUGAAGAGACAAUCUUAGCGCGCGGACCUCGGACGGCGAUGGUGUCACUGCGUGCUCGUAAAGAUUGCCGGAGUCUCUUCUCUUUACUUCCGCCGAACCCCUUUCCCGCACCUUAGCUUUACGCCUGCAACGCUCUCUCACUCUCUACGUCGGCACCUCCCUCGGCCCUCCUCUGCAGUUGCCCACAGGGCUGCUUUCCCCACCGGUUAAUUAGCUGGCAUUUCGGUAUCUUACCUCUACUCAGAUGGGUUACUUUACUGUUGUAACCCAUUCUGCUUGUAUAAUUAAGUAUUAUUGCCCGUAAUUACCGUGCACAUUUCUUUCAAUUAUACUCUAUCCUAUACAUGGCUUACCUUCUUCUCCUGCCUGUGAAUGAGUAUCAUGAGUUGCUAACAGCUCUGUCAAGAUCGAUCUCCGCUAGGAUCUCUUCCCUGCACUUCGCUACUUUGGUGUGGGCUACCCUUGACGUCCUCGGCCGUUACAUCCGUUCGGCACCUACAUGAGGACACGUUCGGGGAAAAUGAGCCAAUCAGCAAAAAGACACUUUGGGGCCAAUAGGGAAGGUGUGGGCACUGGCGACUCUAUAAGGUUAAUCUCGCGGGCAGGACAGGCUUUCCACCGCUAACCAAGUCUGUCAAUCGUCGCCCUUUUGUCCUUCUCACUGUAAGCAACGCGUUAUCAGCCACUUUGUUCUUUAAUCAGAGCUCGGGCCACUAGCCGCUAACAUCGGAGCCGUCAUAGAUAGCUUUAUAGAAAUGUGCGUUUAAGUUUUGCGAAUAUUUUCAUGCUACUCUCGAGAAGUUAAUUGACAAACAUGUUUUUGGUAAUUCACCAUCAAGCCACCACAAGUAUAUGGAUAAUGACUAUGUGAGCCAUAGACAGGGUUUAUAUGUGCCGCGGGGGGGGGGGUUAGUCAUGACUAACUUACACUCGUUCCCACGCUGUCUGCCCGACGAAGUCGAAGUUUCCCAGGGGCUUGUAUGAAAUGCAUUUCACUGACACAUUUUUGUCGUGACACCUGCGCAGAAUUCGAAUCUGCACAUACGCCCGGGCCUCUCAAAGCGAAGGUUUUCCAUUGAUUGUUUUCUAAAAUUCAUAUUUUCGCUUCUAUUGAUUCUUCGAACUAUAGCACAUAGAAGCUCUCUUUUUAGUAUCCUUCUUUUCGGUCCGCCGUUCGUCUAUUCUACCCGAACUAUUACCCAAAUACGGCACCCGAUUGCAUUAUUUGUACAUCCAGAUUGUCCCUUUUACCCACAAAUCUUGCAUGAUGAGAAUACACAAAACGCCCGGUAGUAUGAUGUCGGUUUUGUGCCAAGUUAAUAAGCAGCAUCCCUGACGGAGUUGCUUUGUUGGUCAGUUGCAGCACACUCAAGCGGUUUUACCCUCCCCAGCCGGAUAGCCGUUCUUUCACGAUUCUCGCGUUUGCCUCCACAGUUUUCGUCGAGCUCAGGGCAAGGCUAUUCCCCUGAUCCUCCACCCAAUCUGUCACCGCAUUGUUCAUGUGAAAAGCGUCACACGACCGUCGCUCGACGUUUAUUUUGCUUUCUAGUAUUUACAACUAGAUACUCCAUCUCUGCACUAACCAUAUAACUUAUUUCCUUAUUUUUAGUCAAAAAUAAAAUUGACAGCCGCUGUCCUCUCUACCUUUCGCUUGUCUCUUACGAGUAUCUUUCCUCUCGUUUCCAUCGUGUUACAAACGACGGGGUGUUUUAAGCCGUUUUUAUUAGCUGCCUCCUCCAGAAGAUCUUCAUAUUUUUUUUAUUUCAGACGAUGUCGGGCGCCUGCGGCGUGGAUGGUAGCCAAUCAUCGAAAAAUUCUCUGGAAGCCAUGGAAAACAUGUUUGUUUAUUCCACAUUUAUUCCUAUUUUAUAGUGUUAAACAACAAGUUGCAGCCAUAGGACAGCUGGAUGCCUCCCUUUCUGCUCUAGAGAAAGAAAAUGAGCGUUUGGGUAAGUAUUACGUAUUUGAACGUCAAAAGUCUUGGUCCCGCACCGCCGAAGUGCAGAAAAGUUUGUAGAAGUUGGCGCGCUUUCGUGUUCAUCUGUUAUUCGGCCACUAUAAAAUGACGAAUCUGAUGUCCUUCAGGGUGCAGUCUCGUCAUGGAUAGCUAAAUCACCUCAAACAUGUGAUAAUGUUCGUCAACUUGCAGUUGUGCCAAACCAUUGUACAAGGGAGAUCAUGUCUUUCUUCUAGGGAAUGUCUGCAGUCGCGUGUUGUGCCGUCACCACAACAGCCAGUGCUAUGGACCUCGCUUGCUACUCAAUGUGUUUCAUAUACUUGGGGAAAAGGGAGGAAGGGACACGUUUAUUGCUUCGAGUGCUUUUCCAUCCCACCCCAAUCUUCUGUGGCAUUUGGUUUCACUGAAUUCUCAAUCUGGAUAAGAUUAAAAGAGUAACGUUUAAAAUUUUAUUGAUGGAACCCCUCUUCUAUAAAGGAACGUCUCUCAGGCAGCCGGUUUUUUGCGCAGUUAUGCUGCAUCCUCUACUUGUUUUAGAUAUAGUUUGAUUAUCUUGACAAUUAAAAUUAUCAUUUUGAUGCACGUACGGCCAUCACGGAACGCUUCUUAUCCGAACACCCCAUUUCGAUUUAUUUGACUCAUUUUCGCCCAUCACAAUACUGAUCCGAACUUUUCAAACCUAGGGCUCGUAAUCUACAUUAUACUGCUAACUGAGUGAACUUGUUUUGCCCCCGCUGUGGCUGCUCUUGCUCAAUGUUUCUAAUUAAUCUCACAGUUAACCGCCUACCUACCGUUGCUGAAAUUCCACCCAUCCCUGUAACUUUCUGAUGCCAACGACCUGUAACGUUUCCGCAUUGAGAACAUCCCGCGUCCGAUUCACCCAGUUGUUUGUUUGUUUUGCGAUGAUACCACCAGUAGCUUAGUCACGCUUUCACACCAACAAAAAAUCAAACCUUUUUAAACUCCUUUCUCGAUAGCUUUUUCUAAAGGCUCGGACGUAAUCAGAAGAAACGGACAGUCUACUCUAAGGAUAGGCGUUUGUCGUGAGUACAUUAUAGUUGAUCAGUGACUUGAUGUCAAUACGAUGAUUGCUGUAAUCCUGUUUCAGCGACAGAGGUCUACUUUGGCUCGAUCGGGGUAGUCAUAGUUCGUCCGUCCCCAUUCCUCCUCUAUUACCAUAAUCAACAUUGUCAUCAGCACUGACAGGCGCUACAGCUAAGUGCUUUCUACUAGAUCACGAAGACUGGAACCGUUGCCAGUUAGGACCCCGAAGUCAAAUACGAACUAAAUGGGUCCAGGGACAGAGAAACAAUUGAAUCCCAUUAAAAUCACACUGUCGUGUUUUUCCCGACCUUCUUUGAGAUGCCCUCUUAGGGAAUUCUGACCAUUUUUAAGCUCCAAUGUGUUUUAUCCAUCUCCCAUCUGUUUUCUUCUGCUCUAAUACCAGCCGCAGAACAGCGAGCGAUUGAAUCAAGUACCACAAAGGCUGAAGCCGAAGCCCUUCGCCGCUUUGUCGCUAGUGAAUUCCGUUUGGCUCAGGCACACACCUUCCUGGUAGGUUUCCUUUUAAUUUCAGCAGUCGUCAACGCAGGGUGACUACUAAAAACAGCCGUACAAGCGGGCCCGCCACUGCUUGUCGUCUGUUUCGACAGAAGCAACAACGACGAUGCCAGUAUCUACUCUUGACUACCUUCACUAUGGCGGGCUUCUCAGUCCAGCCCUGAGCGCACUGUACAGGGCCGCCAUCGAACACGCAAAAGUUACAAAGACAAAGCUUAAACAGAGCUUCGACGAUCUCACGGCCUGGAAGUUCUCUCCAGACAGGUAUGUAGAAGCAGCCUUGUUACGUCUCGAUGACGUUUCAUUUGUCAUCUGAGUUGCCGAUUUAGUCAACUCUUAAGAUAUAUUCCCCAGAGAGUUCGGAAAACAAUAAUAAGAACAUUAAGCUGAAUUAUGACCUGACCGCCAGCUUCACUUUUCGUGAAAUCGCAUUCUGUGUUCGACCAAUUUCUCGGUAGAGGUGGUAACUUGCAGCAGCUGCAAUGCCUAUCAGUCUUAGUUAGUCCAGGUAGCGGGAUUGUCGUCAAACUCUUUGCCAAUCAGUCAUCUGUCUAGAGAAUAAACCACCUCAUUGUCACGUGAGGUAGCUCAUACGAAAAAUGUCUGUCAUCUGGGCACUCAUAACAGACACCACAGGCGUUUCUAUUUGUUGUGGCCGGCCGGUUAGAAAUACCUAAUGUAUCCUGUUGAAAUGUAGUACUUGCAGAAAUGUAUUUAAUUUUUGGAAGAACAUUUUUCAUGGAACAGUUAUGACAUUCAGAGAAACCCAUUCUAAGGCUCCCUUAGGCUCAUGGUAACCAAGGUAUUUGCUUGAUCAUGUAAAUGACUGUGUUUAGGGCUUUGAUGCAAUGGAAACUCCGGGCCUCCCCAACGGACUUUUUUUCUGCCGUCGUCAUGCCACUGACGAGCUGUGCCUAAAAGAACUUCCACCGUUUAGCCUCACAAAGGCCUUAUUUGCCAUUCACGAAACGAAGUUAGUGGCCAGUUAGUGUCAGCCGUUUUGUGGGCUUGACUGCCCAACUUGUACUCCGUGUACCCGCCAACACGUCUUUCACAUGCUUGAACAUUACUGGCAGCAGUCAUAUCCUGUCCUCAGUUUUAAAUUUGUUGGCGAUUUCGACCGACGAUGACUGUUCUCAACACGCCUAACAGCACUUGAAUGCAGUCACUGCUGGCCUAUUGCCAAAAUAGAUCACUAUUUAGGAGCGGCGAAACCGUUUUCGCUCCAACGCCAGUAAGGAACAGUUGUUUUCAUUCUUCUGGCACCUAUCGUCUACCGCGACUUUCUGUCCUUACGCCCCCAAAUCCUCUACGACGUUAGUUCUCUAUGCCAUUAGUUCUAAGUUUGUAAACUUACACGACCAUAUUUUUGCUGUCAGCUUGAAGACAGUAGUGUUCCCUCUACAGUUAAUAUUGUUGCCUUUUGACACUUGCUGUCCCUAUUCUCCCUCUAAAUAGGACUGGGUUCUGAAAUGGUGGUGGUUAGGACGGGCUCAGUGCAGGCCAGAUAAGGUCCUACAAACUUUGUAACGAGUGUUACGCAGUUAUCGGAUAACAGGCACCGGGCUGAAGUCUAUUUGCUCAGAAGUCCUCUCCACUCCCCAGAAAUAACGAAUGUGUGCAGUAGGUGGCGUAUCUCGUGAAAUUUUCACGGAAAUUCCGAAGUGUUUCCCACCAGAAAGAAUUGCUAAGGUUGGGUUUUAAUAUUGAUUAUCGUGCGUCAUCAUCCAAAGACUUUCUAGUCACGUCAGGAUGCCGGCUUUUGGAUGCGUUUUUUUGCGGCCGCGUGUCAAAAUCACACCCGGCAAGAUGACUGCUUUAGUAGUGUGCAUUUUCCAUUGAUCUUCGGUGCUCUUAUAUAUUUUGCAGACGGUAUUCACAAAAUAUCCUGCCUUGCGCCCAUUUAGCAGUAAAUUUCGUCAUCCUUAGGUUUUCAAAAGCAUCGCAAUGCCCGGAUAAUGUUUUGUCCGAUCUACCUUUGCGCCUACACUUAGGCUUUCCAAACUACAAGCUGUAAGGAGAAUCAUGCAUUUCUCUAUGCUAUUACAAAGAUACCUUGUGGAGCUCAUACGAUUUUGCGAUUGAUUUGAACUAUGCUGCUUAUUUCAUAAUCAGCAUUAAUAAACCAACAGAUACUAUGCCGUUUGAAUAGUUUUCGCGCUUCCAAGAAGCCUCAAAAAAGUUAAAACCUGAAGGUACUCUUUCUUGGGGUGUAGCAUUUUAAGAAGACAUUAUUUACUACAAAAUGAGCAUAGUAGGAUAUUUUAUAUGUAUUUUAUGUAAAAUGUACUUGACGUUAUGGGGCAUCAUAAAUCAGUGGGAAAGUGCAUACUACUCAAGCAGUCAUUUUCGUCAAAUGUCUAUGAAUUACGUGAGCCUGGUAGUCAUCUGGUGAAGUCUAGGUGAAUUACUUAGGAAAUCCUGCUUGGGCCGUCAACUUACUGUAUCAGAUUUGGUAGAUUCCAGACGUUGCAGUAGGUUGGGCGGGUAACUUGACCCAGAUGUGAUUAAACUGGCGUCGUCCAGCGGGGCCUCGUAGCUCAAGUGGUUAGAGCGUUGGCUGUACUAAAGCCUUCCCCUUACUGCGUGGGCUCGAAUCCCACCGAGGCGCGGAGUUUUUCACAGUCGGGUCAAUAUGAAAUGUCGUCUUGGCAUGUGGCCGGAAAAAGCUCAUUCGAAAGCCUUCAUCCUGGCGCGACUGACACAUCUUGCAAUUGCGUUGCACGAUAAUAUUCGGACUCCACUAAGCCAAUUCCUUCUGCUCGAAAGCACAUUUCAGAAUUCCGACCAAUGUUUCAUGAGAUACGUCAACUCCCAUAUAUUCCUCUUAAAUUGAACUCGUGGUCGCAUAGAAUUGCAGAGGACACUUACACAUUCCUGUUGACGAAUUAUGAAAUAUUUUCCCUCUGAGAGGGAUAAAUAAACUGCGUGCAGGGUUUACUUGCCAUAACCAAAAUGUCGGAGCUGUAGGUUGUGUGCAAUCGACUUGCCAAUACCUUACAAAAGGCGUCUGCGGAUCAGAACGUAGGACGUAUAGCAAGAGAUUACAGUGUAACAGCAUUUCCUGCUACAUUAUCUAACAGUUCUCGUGGCAGUCUUCGAUUUUACUUUACAGUAGAUGUGCUAACUCAUGAAAUGUCAACCAAAAUUUCGAAAUGCGUUCUCGUUUCGAAAAGAUAAAUUAAGUAGUGUUAUAAAACUAAUCAUGAUGCAGCAUAAAUCUAUAAUGAUCCAGUUACCUCAUGGUGUCGACUUUCGAAAGAACUUAUUUUCGGCUGCAUGCAAGAUCUAUACUCUGCAAAAAAUGAUUACUUAAGUAGCAUGCAAUUUUCUCAUUGAUUUUCGAUGCCCUUGAAAAUUCAAUUAUAUUUCAUGGGAAACAUGCAUAAAACUAUUCAUUCUUUUACUUAUUCGGUAGAAAAUCACGUCUUCACCCAAUUUCAUACUCAAAAGAAGAAUAUAAUUCGGUUUUAAGAAACUUUUCUAAUUCCCGAAUAAUUUUGAACCCGACCUGCUGUUACACUUGCAUUCAGGGUUUCAAAACUACAAGCUGUAUAUUUACCGUGUACGGAAAACCAUGCAUUUCUCUACAGUGUUAAGAGGAGACCAUAUGAGGUUCAUAAAAUUAAGCAGUGGAUUUGAACAAUAUUGUUAACUUUACAAGCCACAUUCGUAAAUGCAGAUACCUGACGUUUCAUGAACGGUCAUUUAACGGUAUUAAAAAUCUCACAAUUAUAAACUUUUUAAAACCGAAUUAUAUUCUUCUUUUGAGAAUAAAAUUGAAAGAAGACGUGAUUUUCUACCGAAUAAGUAAAAGAAUGAAUAUUUUUAUGCAUGUUUUCCAUGAAAUAUAACUGAAUUUUUAAGGGCAUCGAAAAUCAAUGAGAAAAUUGCAUGCUACUUAAGUAGUAACUUUUGGAGAGUAUAGAUCUUGCAUGCAGCCGAAAAUAAGUUCUUUCGAAAGCCGACACCCUGAGGUAACUGGAUCAUUAUAGAAUUAUGCUGCAUCAUGAUUAGUUUUAGAACACUACUUAAUUUGUCUUUUCGAAACGAGAACGCAUUUCGAAAAUUUGGUUGACAUUUCAUGAGUUAACACAUCCACUGUACUUUGCCGAGUACUCACCAAAAUCUAUCAGGAAUUAAGACUGCAAAUAUUAAACACACCCCUCUAUUUUCUAGCCGCAAAACCCUUUAGUGCAUGCAGUCUAAAAUUCCCUCAGUCCACGAUAUUGACAAACAAGCCAACUGAGGACAUCGUCACCCCAGCCACAGCUGCUCAUGGUUCUUGCGAGCCUUCGAAGAUGUCUAUGAACCCUUCACACCACCUCAUUUUAUCCGAGGACCCGCGUGCACCUGACACCCAUCUAACCAGUUUUCCCCUGCAGGUGUAGACGGUGGAUUGUGCACGUAGUAUAUAAGUGAAAACUGGAAGCUUUAACUUGCCGUUUCGUGUACUCAUCUUUCGCGGUCGAUGCGGUAGCACAGCCAGAUACUCAUGUUUUUUGAAGAAGACGACUGAGUAUAUUUGAACUCGCACUUCGUCGCCCGCUCCAGGAAUUCAUACUGUUACCUUGAAGCUAGAGUUGCCGCUCUACUAGAUUGUGCAACACAGCUCGUUCAGAUUUUUGGGCGACUCUUGAACUCCGACAUCUGAUCGUGACUGCUGGGGAGAGCGUCAGGAAAAUCAGCCACAGUCGUUGCCGCAGAUCCUGGGACGUGACGAAGCACAACAAAACACCUGAGGUCGGUUAGGUCAGACGGACUUACUAGGUACAAUUAGAUCGGAGUUCAUAAGCUCUUCGAAGGGCGUUAAGUUGAGUCUGUUCUCAGCCCAUGAAAUUCGGGGCACAUUAAUUUUUAGAUUAUGAAGAUGAUGGUCCAUGGCCUUCCUCUGGCUGGUCUAACAUUCAGUAGAGGCUAAUUAACUGGACUUAGUAACCACAAAACUUGAAACGAAUAACAAUUCACGCUAUAGGGCCUUCUGCGAUGGCACUGGUGCUUUGGUUAACGAAUUGAAUAACCAUGAUGAGCAGAGUGGUAUUUUCAAUAUAGUAGACGCCGUUGUAGUUUUUAAUACUUUUUGGCUUUCUCAAGCGUAGUCUUUUUUAUGUAAAUCCAGCCCCUCAGGAAAGCGUCUCAUGACUUGCAUGCGUCAGUUACUGGCGAAAAACGAAGGUCUUGGACGUGUCAACGAGGCCGACCGCUUGACCGCUCUGGAGUCUGAGGCCGCGAUGCAGGCGACUUGCAUAGAAGAAUUUCUGAAGACUAACCAGGGUAACCACCGUAUCAUUCGCGGACAACUAUUGCCUUUUAGAACUAGAAUCUGUGCUAGAGGAAUCUUCAUUUGAUUUGGAGGGACUCCAAAGUAGCCUUCUAAUACUCAAACAGCAGCUCUGUCUGGCCCAGUCCCUGCUAGAUGAUCUCAAGGUGACUUGCAAAAUUUUCUCCUACCCAUUGUUGCAAAGGGUAACGUGCUGUGUUGUUUGAAUUACAUUAAUACCAUAGGCCAUCAUAUUCUGAUAUGUUUUCAAAAACACUUAUGCAAGUGAUAACCGUCGUCACAGACACGGAUUUUUUUUAGGAUGGGAUUUCCCUAUAGCUCGCAUGUAGUUUUCCAUGAUGAUUCAGUUAUUCACCAUACAUUUGAAAUUGAUCAGAAUUACCCGAGCCAGAGGUUCAGAACAACCUUUUCGACUUGGACCCAUUUGUGGUGUACACACUGAAGGGGUUGAAAAUAAGGGUAGGGAACAUAGUACAGAUGAGGCGAUCUUUCCUGUGGCAGACACCCUUUCUAAUCAUGGCUGGUUCCCUCCGAGAAGACGGACACUAAAGAUGAUGUGCCCGAAUGUACAGAACCUGUUUUACAAGAUGAAUGAACUCAGGACUCUGGUAGACGACCACACGCCAGAUAUCACUGCCUUGACAGAAACAUGGCUUUCUGAAGCUGCUGAGGUAUCCCUCAGAGAUUAUAAACUGAGGAGGAGUCGCUAUCUAUGUUAACUACAACCUAACCGCGAUCCCUGAGUAAUAUCUCUCAACAACAGCGGAAGUGGACUUUUUAUCUUUGACUAUCUCCAUUAAAUACGCCUGGCUGCUGGCGUUAGCGGUUGGAUAUCGUCCCCCAAACCCGAUUGCCGUACAAGACAGCCUUCUCCCAACGGAACUGAACAAGAUCUGCUCGAACAGAGACGUCCUUAUUGUUGGGGAUUUUAACGCCCCCAAUAUCGGCUGGCAAACUUGGACGGUUUCGGGUCUAUCGGACAAUACUCGCUUGAGUUGGCGACGGAGAAAGGACUUUUCUAGAAUGUAACUCUCGGAAUACGCGUUAGAGAAGGCCAACAUUCAAAUUGCAUUGACCUGAUGCUCACUUGAGAUGAGGAGAGUGUGCUGGAUGUACAAGAUCGCCCGCCAAUUGGUGCUAGUGAUCAUAUUUUGAUGCCCUUUGAGUACUCCAUGUUCUCCCAAACUGAUUCACCUGAACAAUUGGAAACCAAUAUCUAGAACGGAGAUUUUUCCAGCAUGCGAACGCAAGUCUUGGCAAUAUCGUGGAAAACCACAUUGCAGGGAACAGUUAAGGACUACUGGAGCACGUCCAGCUCACUGGUCAAAAGAAUCAUUGAUUUAAACUGUCCACUCAGACGAAAGAAAACAAGCAACCGUCCGCCGUGGAUAAACCGAGGACCAAAAAUCGCGUUUAGGUGGGGAAAUAAGAUGUAGAGACACUGUCGACUAACAGAGUUCUGAACACCUACAGGAAUAUAAGCGACCGCAGAACGUGUGUAAACGUGCGGCUAAUAGACUUCGAAGGAACUGUGAGCUAUGCAUAUUGCAAAACUCUUUGGAGCAUCCUACAAUCCUCUACGGUUACAUACAUUGUGACAGAAGAAAUCGGGACCCGAUUCCGGCGCUGAAGUCCCAGAACGGAGUAAUUGGGACGGAUGACCACAUGAAGGCAUCAGUCUUAUCCAGUUUCUUUCAGUCAGCAUCCACUCAUGAAACAAAUUCCCCUCCUAUCCCUUACCCAGACCAACAACAAAGUCCUCCAUCCCUUGCGUUAGAAGACAAUCUUUACUUCCCACACACGUUGAUAGGGACUGAACUACGCCGAUUGAAGCCGACCAAAUCACCUGGUCCAGAUGAAAUUCAGCCACUUGUCCUUCGAGAAUUGGUUGAUGUUUUGUGCGUGCCGGUGUCCAUGAUAUUCCAAAAUCCAUGGAACCGCAGGAAUGGAAAACUGCCUUUAUUUCUCCAGUCUACAAAGGAGGGCCUUGGCUGGAGCCCAAAAACAACUGUCCUAUUAGUUUAACGUGCAUUUUGCGCAAGGUCGUGGAAAGAAUUAUUAAGGGACAUUUAACGACUUAUCUGGAACCUAUUGUGUGCUGCACAGCACGGAUUUCGUUGUGGUCACUCAUGUCUUACGAGCAGUCUUUACUCGCGGGAAAAAUGGGCAAAAGCCACAGACGAGGGCCGUCCAGUGGAUGUCAUCUUUUUCGACAAAAAAGGCAUUUGAUAGCGUUCCCAUGGACGACUCCUACAUACGAUUUGGGAGUAUGGAAUACAGGGCAACAUUUUAAAGUGGAUUAAAGGUUUCCUGUCAUGCAGGCUCCAAAGAGUAAUUGUUGGUACCACUGCAUCCGAAUGGGUACCAGUAGAAAGCGGCGUUCCACAGGGUUCGGUCUUGGGUUCUCUCCUCUUCCUCAUCUAUAUGAAUGACUGUACUGCAGAUCUUGAGUGCGAUGCCAUCAUGUUUACUGAUGAUACAAAGAUCUGGAAAACAAUCAGCUUUGCUGAUGACACGCAGAAAUUACAGCAAGAUAUUGAUAAGUUGGAUGCAUGGUCCAACAAGUGGCUUCUGUCGUUUAAUGUAUCCAAAUGUGUAGUCUUGCACCUAGAAUGCGGUCGUAGGCGCUUCACAAACCACGAGUACACCGCUAAAAGAAAUGGACACGCGCAAGGACCCAGGCGUCUGGGCAAGUUCAAACUUGAUGCCCUCCGUGCACUGUAAAAGAGCCUUCUAAAAGACAACCAGCAUUAUGUACUGGAUUGGCGUGCCUUUGUAGUCUUUUCUCCCGAACUCUCCGCGAAGAUAUUUCGUACGUUCGUCAAACCGCAUUCGGAAUACGGAAUGCCAGCAUGGAUGUCCUGGAUGAAGAAUGACAGUGAUGCCAUAGAGCGGUGCAACAACGGGCGACAAAGCUUAUGGACGGUCUAAGGACUGUCAUAUCCAGAAAGACUGAUCCAGUUUAUUUUGUUCCCCCUAGCCUGCAGACAAAUGAGAUGUGACCUGUUAUGAACAUUCCUCAUUACCCGCGGGCAUGAUUGUUUGUUGAAAUCUGAAGAUUUCUUUCACUUCACGACCAUGAGUCACCUGCGCGGUCAUCCGUAAAAGGUCAAGCGGGAGCGUACACGCCUAUACCACCAGAAGUUUUCAUUCAGUCAGCGUGUGGUUCAACCGUGGAACUCACUCCUAAGUGAAACAGCGAUGUCUGACAAUGGUUGUAUUCAAACGACAUCUGAACCGUUUGACCUUUGAUAAAGGACGACUCUCAGUGCAGGACCAUCUCCGGCCAACCAUGAACUUUAUUUCCUGAUUUAAUUCCAUAUGUAACGAAUCCCUGCACGUUUGAUGAAAUUUUCUCCCACAAACUGCUCAAAUGACUACAUUUUGUGCUAAUUGUGUAUAAUUGCAUUUGUAAUCUUAAAUGUACAUGGAAAGGACUGUCUGCCGUAACUUUCUCAAUUGCCCAAUGUAAAAACGCUUUCUGUAAACAAAUAUCCUACUGGCAGCAUUCUAGUAACAUGUGUUUGCAACAUCAAUAUUGUGUGUACCUUUUUCAAUAGGGUCAUCAAGGGUAUUGCCUGUUACCCUAAAUAUACUAUACUCUACUCCUACUUCCAGUGAAAUAACAGCAUAAUGCCCCUCUUUGCCAGUUUGAUAGUCACUUCUGUCGCCAGUCCAUUAAGUCGCCCAUAAUUAACAUUUGCAUUUGUUGAGUCGGGAAAGAACUUUUAAACACCAAUCCCAUUGCCAUGUACAAUGGAAGAGUGACAUCCUCAAAUCAUGGAAUAAAUCGCUACAACUGUGUUAUUAUUUACCAUACGGACAACACAAGUACUAGCUAGAAGUCCAGACGCGCGUGUUUCGUCGAUCAUGUGCCGCUGCCUAGCGCCGCUGCGCGGGGUUCGGCUCAUCGGGGGGUCACUCAGCCUUCUCCGUAUGUUUUCUGGUAAUAUGAACUCCAGUUUCACUUUGCGUCAGUACACCACACCACGGAUGUACAUGAGAACGUCCUCAAAUGUUUAUGCCAUUUCCGAAGACCGAUGUAUUUAUUUUCUGUUAAUAUUCUGAAGCUUAGGACGACGCAUAUUUCUACGUAAUGGGCAGUUACUUGACAUCGCCUCAGAAUGGAAUAGAUUCUGAGCACAUUCGUUCUUUAGAAAACCACAGUUUUUUCGAUCAUUUCCUUUCCCUUCAUAUGUAGCAUUUUUCGGAGGUAACUGAGGUGAAAAUGAUUUAUUUGCCUUAUCUGGUCUUUCUACACAGUCCGCAUCACGCCCCAUACGGCAGCGUGGUCAGAAUGACAGUCUGGCAUAUCCUAAGGUUCGUUUUCGGGACGCCACGACCAUUCCAGACUGUGUUGCGCCUUGCUGAAGAUUAGACUGGUUUUAGAAACCAGACUUACAAUUUAGUCCUCGUUCUUGGCGUCUCUUGAUACUGUACUCCCGAGGUAUUCGAAUUUGUUUACGGGCUUGCGAAUUCCAUUGAUGCUUUCCAUGGGUUUUUUACACUAAUUAUUUGGCGUUAGCUGAUACCUGACCACUGUCGCCUCCGCGUUGAUGGUUAAAACAAAGUUUGAGCAACCUGAUGCAGGGAGAUUCAGUCCCCGCCGCAUGUAUGUGCCAGCUGUAGUACUCAGCGCGUAGUCUUCCAUGUGUAAGUCAUAGACACUCGCCAUGGAUACCUCCGUUUCUACCCGCAUGCCCCGGAUGUUGAGUGGUUAACUGCCAGUUCGGCAGUUGACGUUCAUUCGAGGACACUCUUCACCAUAGGCUUUCAUUAGCGUGGCGGAGUGGGAGCGAGCACAGAGCCCAUUUUCAUUCUGGUUGUCAUUACCAACGCUACCGAAGCCGACCAAGUGUCCUCGACGCGAACCCUUCGCGCCCCAUCAUGCUGUCUGACCUUCUGCGUAAAUCCAUCCGGACACUCGAAUGCCAGCGUCGCUUUCCCGAUUCAUUGUGUCGAAGACAUUUGUCAGACCCACAAAUGCGGUGUCACAGCUAAUAAGCCAGAACUGACCAUUCCAGUCUCCCUUGUCUUUGUCUUUCUGCCUAUAUCAUGCGCCGCUGUGCGACGGCUGGUUGGGCUCGAUAGAGAGUCCAUAAGGCACAACGGAACGAGUGAGUUCCGUGAAAACGAUCGGUGAGCGCCCCCUACCACGGUGUAACAGCUGUUCACAGCUUCUUUACACUUCAUUGCAUCUGGCGGGUCGCGAAGAUCAUGUCAGUGGUUUCCUGGUGUUUCGGAAAUCCGCAUUCCAUUUCUGAAGGAAGGCUGUUGGGGUCAAGGGCAUCAGAUCAACUUUAACCACACAAUAAGCUCGUUUCGUCUAGUGGGAAGUCAGAGAGCUGUGAAAGCUAGCUUAUUCUAAGUAUAGAUCAGGUUACCAUGACUUGGUAGUUUUCUCGUGAGUCAGCGUGAUUAACGCUGUGUUGUUUUCGCCGGCCUGGCAUGUCAGUAUGAAAAAUGAUUGGCUGACUGUUGGACACUUUAUUGGUUGGUCCAUGGACUGGGUCAGACGUUUCAUGAUCAGGAGACACGAAGGGUGGAGGUCGGGUCAACGGUGACGAGCCAGACCGGCCAGCGAGCAAGCCGUUGGUGCCUGUUCGUAUGCGUAGCCUUGACUCAGUACAACUGGAUAAGGGACGCCUCCGGUCAAGUCCAGAGGGAUGCCCGCGAGUUAGCGGCAUGCGCGGUUGUCACGGCCGUCGACUGACAGGCAGACGCCGAAAAAUGAUUAUUGUAGCGCCUCCUCCAAGACAAUACUGCAACUGUGUUCAGGUGAUUGAGAAGCAUACGCAAGGGGUGCACUGCAGAUGCACUUGAACAAAACGAAGAUCAGAUAGACUCUGCGUGACAUUAUCGGGCAGCCCAAAGUUCGCGCAAGCCCGUACCUACGGCCGUAGAUGUUAGUGGCACGCCUUUGAUGGCAGACUUUUUCUCCGCGUAAGUCACUGCACCUAAUUCCAUAUUAAGUUGGCUGACAUGCUCGGACAGUCGACUAGAGCAUGAAAGAGGGAAGACAGUGAAGUCGAUACUGGGGAAUCCAUCCCAUAGCAAAUCAGCACACAGUGGAUCAGCUUGGAUCUCCCACUAUGCGCUAGGUGUCGUUGCUUGGAAUGCUGCCAGCUGAUAGGUGAACUCGGUCUCCAUGGGCGUACUUGGGAAUGACUAGAGGACUGGGAGUCGGGUUUCAAUGACUCCUCAACAUGGCCUUUAUGACACUCAUGGAUGUGAGAUCCGAGUAGGCAGUCUGUUUGGACUUGUCAGCCACUGCGUCCGUCGCCCACCUCCGGCCGUUCUUGGCUUGAGAUCGAGGCAAGGUGGGCUAGUGAAGAGAAUGCGGUAGAUGCUUCGAAAUCCUAUUUCACCAUAAAAUGACUCACGCAAGUCGCUGGUACUGCGUUCACUUCGCAAGACGCGCCGGACGCCGUCGCUUGCGACGGUUGAGCUGUCAAGUAACGCGCAAAUAUAUUUCCGACAGCGGUGACGGUGAUUCUCGCAGAUUUGCCGGGCUAGUUUGCAUUUGUGCACAUGAACUGUGAUCGCAUCCUUGAAACCUCACCCAUCUUGCCACAACUAUAAUAGUAAGCUUGCCCACGAGGUAAUGACUAUCGUGUGUGUUGAUUUCUGCUGGAAUUGAGUUGGCGGCUGGUGCCUCCCCGUCGGAUAAGUGCUGCACCGCUUUUGUUGUCUCCUACGUAUAUUGUGUACGGUAGAGAUCGACACUGAUGUCCACUUCAGGGAGUCGGUUGAUGGUAUCCUUAUAGAUUGUGGAUGGGUGAUUCAGGACGCCCUUGAAGUACUUGACCCAGCGCUUCAGAAUCUGUGACAUUUGUGCAUCUUCAUUUACAGCACUUACAGUAGAAGUGCUAACUCGUGAAAUGUCAACCAAAAUUUUGAAACGCGUUCUCGUUUCGAAAAGAUAAAUUAAGUAGUGUUGUAAAACUAAUCAUGAUGCAGCACAAAUCUAUAAUGAUCUAGUUACCUCAGGGUGUCGGCUUUCGAAAGAACUUACUUUCGGCUGCAUGCAAGAUCUACAAUCUGCAAAAAUGGCUACUUAAGUAGCAUGCAAUUUUCUCAUUGAUUUUCGAUGCCCUUGAAAAUUCAAUCAUAUUUCAUGGAAAACAUGCAUAAAAAUAUUCAUUCUUUUACUUAUUCGGUAGAAAAUCACGUCUUCUUCCAAUUUCAUAUUCAAAAGAAGAGUAUAAUUCGGUUUUAAAAAAGUUUCUAAUUGUGAGAUUUUUUAAUACCGUUAAAUGGCCGUUCAGGAAACGUCAUGUAUCUGUAUUUACGAAUGUGGCUUGUAAAGUUAACAAUAUUGUUCAAAUCCACUGCUUAAUUUUAUGAAUCUUAUAUGGUCUCCUCUUAACACCGUAGAGAAAUGCAUGGUUUUCCGUACACGGAAAAUAUACAGCUUGUAGUUUUGAAACCCUGAAUACAAGUGUAACAGCAGGUCGGGUUCAAAAUUAUUCAAGAAUUAGAAAAGUUCUUUAAAAUCGAAUUAUACUCUUCUUUUGUGUAUGACAUUGGCAGAAGACGUGAUUUUCUACCGAAUAAGUAAAAAAUGAAUAUUUUUAUGCAUGUGUUCCAUGAAAUAUAAUUGAAUUUUCAAGGGCACCGAAAAUCAAUGAGAAAAUGGCAUACUACUUAAGUAACCAUUUUUUGCAGAGUGCAGACCGUGCAUGCAGCCGAAAGUAAGUUCUUUCGAAAGCCGACACCCUGAGGUAACUGGAUCAUUAUAGAUUUAUGCUGCAUCCUGAUUAUUUUUAAAAGACUACUUAAUUUAUCUUUUCGAAACGAGAACGCAUUUCGAAAUUUUGGUUGGCAUUUCAUGAGUUAGCACAUCUACCGUACAUUUUCCCCAAUUUGGCGUUCAUACGGUUUCCAUUAGACGUCAGUCCGUAUUCCGUUUUACAGCAUUUAAUAUAGCUGACGCUUCCAGGGUGGCUAAAGUUAAGGCCUCAUUCUCGAGAUGACCGUUCCGCGCAUUACAGUGCGUCUGACACUUACACUGAAUAUCGACGAAAUACUUGUCUGGGCUUCUAGCUAGCACCUGUGCUGUCGAGUGUGUUUUAUCACUCAACCUAUGUAUAUAUUGCUGGCUGCCUGUUGGCAGUUUGUGAAUGUCCUUUUGGAUCAUUAUGACUCUUUUUAUCUAAGGAACAGACCUGUUGCAAUGCCUUUGGCUGGUUUCCUGUUAAUCGAAACACAAUGCAUCCGUUUUUAUUUCCUACCUUUACAUUUCUAUUGGGUAGUAAUGAGAAUUUUUUUACCUGCAGACCGGGGAACAUCGUAUCUGUUUUGUUUGCGGAGACUGACUGAAAACAUGUUCCCCUCCUUUUUUUUCAGAGGGAGUAUGAAGUGCAUCGUCCCGGGCAGGCAGAUGCUCUGAUUGAGGCCGCUCUAACCAAUCUCAGUCGACUUCAGGAGGGCUUAGACGAGGGGGAGGUUCCUGAAAACGAACCCGAGUCCCUUGACGCUAUCGGUAGUGGCGGUGAUGAUGUCUUGGUGUACGAUAAGGAGGGAGGAGGGGAAGAAGAAAUGACAAAGCGAGACCAGGAUGGUGACUCUAAAUGCAAGACGGAAGAGGACGAAGGCACCCCUCCGUAGGUGAAAGCGACUGAACACACAUAAUGUGAGGCGAGUUGUGGCGAACUGUUUGGCACUCAAUCUGAAACGACAUACAACUCAGACUGCCUGUUUUUGCGUCGACUUUUCUUUUCUCUUUUACCUCCGUUCUGCUCUGCCAACUUGUACAUUUUACCCGUCCACCUAUUAUCUGUACCUAUUAAAUAUAAUAUGUCUAAUGCAACAGCAUUAUCAACUUCUUUAUGCCUUUUAUUUGGCAGUUUGUCGUCUGUUGCUUUCUUAAUAGGCACUCCAGUACUCUAAGGGGCAAAAUUUGUCCUUCAGUCCUUUUAAACAAUCAGCUUUUCGCCACCUGUGACCUGACCCCCGUUAUGUAUUUUGUGAAUUUGUGUUCCGAUAUUUCGGACAGUUUAAAUGCAGCCUCUCCGUUUAUUUAGGUGGGUUGUUGUUUUGUAACCGACCCCUUGGGUGAAAGUAUUUUUUAGUGUCCCUGUUAGGCAUUAUGUGUAGUUGUUGGUUAUAGUGAACAAACGGUGGAGAAGCCUCUUGGUCGCUCUCUAGAUGUACAUACAUUUAUGAUUUCCGGUCGUUUUGUAGCUCGAAUUACCUUCAUGCAUUUUAGCCUCCCGAUUUUCCCUAUGGAAGCUGCUCUUCGUUCGGAAGCCAUUGCUAAGGAGGCAUGCUUGCGCAAGCUGGCGGAAGAAGCUGCCGAUGCAAUUACCAAUUGCGUCAGCGAUGCUCUUAGUUGUAAGUAUUCAAUUCGUCUGCUUCACAACAACGGGGUCAUUUUGCAGCUCUCAGUUGAGCGCUCCUUCUUCUAGAACAUCUUGCCUGAAACGCUUUCUUCUCGACAGAUUAGGGCCGAUUCUUAUCAAUGGGCAAAUAUCAAAAAGAAAAUAUAAGAAUCGGAGCGGAUAGUGGUAGUAUGCAUUCAAACUGCGACGACUGUUUUUGAGACCAGGGUGCUUGGCCGUCUGACGCACACGCGCUACCAUUUACUGAUCUUGGAUAUAAAUCCCAGUGAACCGAACUGCUACUUCGUAGAUUUCGAGAGCUAUUUUUGCUUUUUUUGUCGGUUUUACGUGUCAAGCUUAACGAAAUACGAUCGAAUUGCUUGCUCUUGAUGCUGCUGCCGCCAAUAUAGCUCAUGUAAUAAUAAUAAUUCAUCCGUGACAAAUUAUGAUAAACACUGCUUUUUCAAGGAGCCAAUGUCCUUCAUGUGAACUAGAUUAGGGUGAGCUGUACUGGCGCUGCAUUCAUCCCACACUCUUCCUGUGCUAGCUGCGUUUACUCGGAGCGAAGAAGUCCAGACGGCUGGGGAUGAACCUGGACAAAUUGACUGAGGAGACUGGAGCGACAUCUUGCUUAUUACUCACACACCUCAGCCCCGAAUUCAUUAUGAACCAGCCUCCCAAGGGCAAGUUUCAGAUCUGUCGAAGCCGUUUGUCACAAAAACUUCGUUUCUCCAAACAAUUUGCAGCUUAGCCCUGGAGGUUGAAGAUAACCGAGUCAUUUCAUCACCCAAGCCACGACUUUCGGUGUGAUGUGAUGGUUUAGAAGUGCGUUUAGCCGCUUGUGAUGAGGAAAAAGAGUGCUUGAUCGACCUCACUCCUCCCAUGCGCUGGUACCUUGUCCGAGCAUCUCGGCUGACUGGUGAUGACUUUGGGCGCUGCGAGUGACGUGUUCUGAGUCUCCUUUGGCGCGUGCCGUACCCGCUAGUUCCUCUCUGAAGAUCGACAACGAAAUCGCAGGCCAGCCGGGCCUUAAGGCAAUUUUAGGGCUCAGUUCGGUACCACCGCGGCAUCCUACUCAACAGAUAACUGAGGAUGUACAGGACUGUUAUCCUGACAGCGUCCUGUACGGUGCGGUGACAUGUACUGUGCAUGAAAAGCAGGCUAGAAGACUCGCACAUUUUCACUUCAUUUACAUCUGAAGAAUACUAAAGGUGAAGUGACAGAGAAGGAUUCCCUACGUCGAGAUCCUUGAACUAACCGACAUCCUCGGUAUUCAUGCUAUGCUGAGGCAGGUACAAACGCUGUGCAGUGUCUACGUCGUAAGGACGGCUGACAAAGCAGCCGCGCAAGCGAGUAUGCUACGUCCACUUCGUUACGUGUGCUCACAAAGAAGAUGAACCAAAGCGUCGUUACAAUGACAACUUGAGGACAUUCCUCAAGCACCUACAGAUUAACCCGGAGAUCUGAGAGAACCUUGCACCGGAUCGACAAGCGUGGCGCAUGCGCCUUUUCGGCAGUAUGUGCGUAUACAGAACGGUGGGAUUCGUCACGGCUUCACCACAGCUAACGCAAGCCAGAAGAAUCCACGACCGCCAGCACUAACAGCGUUGCCAAUACCACCAACUCAGUAGUCGCAAUCCCACCUGCUCUUGCUGCCACUAUAUUGGAAUCAGACAACGGCCUUGUCGGCCACUUGCGAGUCCAUCGCACGAAGAUCGGAGAAUCGGUGCCAGCAGUCCCAAUACGCAUCCGUUGCUUCUGUCUUAUCUUCCCGCACUGUCCCAAGACAUCGGAGCAAUGUGUGGACCUGUUUGCUUGUAUGCGCCUACUUAAAAAUCAUCAACAGAACACCGAAGUCAAACCCCCGUCAUCACAUUUCGCUCUACCUGCUCACACACCUCCCCAGACCGCACAUGAACAUAUUACACAGCAUAUGCAUGCCAUCCGCGUAGCACCACGCCACUCUUCAGUAGCAUAUGGGACUUGAACGUGAGAUUUUAAUACAAUGCCAUAUAAUGAGUACGGGAUUAUUAGUUAUGGAAAGGCUUCAGAGGCAUCAGUAACACUCAAAAACCGCAAAUAUCUCCCAUUGACCUCACCACCUCCAUAAAACAAACCAGUUUCCUGUUAAGAAUGCAAAAAUCGGUAUACUUUUCACGAAGACGCGGUAGCUAAUUCCACUGCGAGAACGUUUGCACCUGGACGAAACCAGAGACACAGGCACAUGAGCAUCUGACCCAAACCCAAGACAGCCGUACCAUCGGAAUUUAAUAUGCAUCAAUAUUGUCAGUUUCGUGUUGCAAGGAUGCCACAACGAUUUAUAACUGAGCGUUUCUGCUUGUCGGAGGUCUGGAUGGAUUUGGAGGUUCUGGUUGCAAUGUCCUCACCGAUUUCGCCGUUCCUUGAGACGCUGCUUCAGUAUAUUUCGUAAGUGGCACCAGUUGGUGUAUGAAAACUGAUGUCUGCGUGUUGGCGGGUAGUGCGAAGUCGACCUAUCUGCUGGUAACAAAGAUCUGACCGUCAACGUAUGACCGCACGAGGAAUUUCCAGUCUGUCAAUUUCGUCUAUCUCUGCCAGCGAAAAACCAACCCAACGAAUCUGCGACAAUCGUCGUGUGGCCUCCUUAGUAUUGCCGGCCAAGUCGUUAUUCCCAUUCUGCUCGGUCGCCUAACUGCAUAGCUGGAACAAGGCGUUUGUCCAGAUGCCAAAUGUGGAAUCCAGAAACAUCGUGUUCCACUCGACAUGAUAUUCGAGUACGACAGGUGAUCAGUUUUCACAGCCCUACUGCAUUCGGUAGGUACGCUAUAUUGGCCUCGACUCGACCGGUCGUCGUUCUCCCUUCGCCAGUUUCGUUUGUUAAUUCCCUUGCGAGUUUUUUUAUGUGAGCAUAUUUCUAUCAAAUUUGUUGUGUCUACAUAGAAUGCUUAUGGGCUUUUAUCGUUAUGGAUUAAUUGCGUUAUUCAUCCAGAUUCUGACUGCUUUCAGUCUUCUUCACGUAUUUUCGCACAUUUAGUGAAAUCUGAUGGAAUUCGUCAUGUUACCGAACUUAAUCAGUGCGCACAGGUGAAGUAUAACAAAAUUGUUCAGGAUGUUCAGACCCUUACGGACCAACUGGAGAGGACUAACAACCAACGUAAGUUUUCUGGGUAGCGCAUAAUCUCAGUUUCUCUUUCUCGCUGCCUCUGUCUUCAAGACUCUUCUCUUUUUGUUGUUUUGUUUUGCAUCACCGUAUUUAUGACUAGUUUGUGGUCUACAGCUAGAAAUCUGGAUUAGUGGCGUAGAGAUUGCAUGGAAGUGCCCAAUCACGACAACCAGUUUCCGGAAGUUUUUAUUGUGCGGGAAAUGCAGAUGGUCUGGUCGACAUUUGUGAUGUUUCUUGUCAUAGUGUCGUUGAUGGUGUUCUUAGUUGAGUGUGGAGAUACCUCAAUCAGCCAGUGCAUGCUGUGAAAAUGCGUUGACGGUGAGAACGCCUAAGAUUUAUUUGAAUGUCAGUAUUCUGGUUGUGCGUUCUUGUCGCUUGGCUCUACCCUCCCGGUUUGUCUCGAAAAGUGCAACGUCAUGUUUGAUUGCAGUCCGCUAUGACUGUUGGUCGUGUGUAAGUGUCCUCCGGCGCUCGUGGUAGGUUUAGGGACGUUUAAGUCACACUUUCAGAUUGCCCUGUAACUUUUUUCAACCCUCUUUUUCACUUGGGAGCUACAUGAACGUCAUCGUGGAACGGCCUCUACGGUCCACGUGACCUGACACUCGUUAGAACCUUUCCUCGAAGUGGAAUCCCUUUCAGCAUUGCAUAAAAGUUUACGUUCUUUGAGGUCGAACUUUGCAGGCAAAAUAACUGGCUCACAGCGACUAGAUGCUGGUGAUUUCCAGUUAUCGUAUGUUUACUGUCCUCCACAGUUGCAGCCGCUUGGUGCACGACUUUUUUGCUGCGUUGAUGGCGCGUUCGAAGUUCAUGAGGUUCAGGCUCCGCAGAAUGUCUGCUUCAGUUGUGUUCAGCGUUCAGUUGAUUCUGUCUUUGUAAGGAUAAUGUGCUCGUGCACGUCCUGCUUCUCUUGAUUUACGCAUCGGAAGGACUCAAUUUACAAGUGGGCCACAUUUGACUUUCAGCUAAGACUACUCUCCUCUCAUUGAAAAACACACAGAUGCAUAGACUUAGUUUAGGACAACUAUCUUCACAGGAAAUUGACCGAAUAUAAAGUAGGAUUGAUAUUCGACCAAUUUUGUAAACAUUUUGCCCGGUCAAAUUACGUGGAAACGAAGAGUAUUUUCUGGAACGUGUCAAGCUAAUGAGUAAAACACACGCUUCGGGAGUAUAAAAUGAUCAUCCCAAUUCCUGCCAUCACGUUCCAUGGGUCAGGUCACAUACUGUAUCCCAUUCGAACUGCAGACCCCCCUCAUUUUAUAACUGACUGUUCUGCUGCAGUGGAACACCUGAGUUAUUAAUACGGAUGACUCACGAUUGUGUGGUUUUGUAGGUCGCAGCUGAAAUUGAAAUUCAGACAAUUUAUUUAUACAAGCGCUUCAUUUAAAUCAAACGCGAUUAUCAGCGGAGGCAUAUUGUAUUCCAUUGAAACUUGAUUUUGCCUCAAUUUUUACAUUUCUUUACGACGCUAACCAACAUUCGUACAUGCGGUGAGGUAGUAAUGGUAACCUAGCCUGCCACCGGCGAUCAGGAUCACUACGGCCUCACGUCUUCUUGUUCAGUGCUGACGCGUGUGCAACUUUGUUCACAAUGAAGCAGACUUGCUUUUUAUCUACCUCACGUUACUCUGCCUGCACCUACCGUGUUCUGAUAUCAAGGCGAGGUCAAUACGACCUGAGGUUGGCAUGGGCCAGUGGCUGACAAGGCCAAACAGCCCGCCUACGCUUACCAAAAACGACCUGCUCCCUAAAAGCACAUGCCUCAGGCUUCAGUACUAUGGAAUCGCCCUUCACGUAUGUGAAAUUGCCAUAAAGGUGACAUAGGGAAGAGUCUAUUGCAGUCCCACCUCCAGCUCUGAGUUAUCAGUUCAGUCGGCAAAACUUCAGAGCUACGACUUUGGCCCGUUGUGGUGGUGUAAAGAUUCGUUUGGUUGCCAAUUUUGAGGAAGUGGGCACCGAAUCUGAUCGGAAUACACUGAGUCCGAAAACAGGGCCAGACAGCACCGUCACUCCAAUUUUUCUUUAAACAUCGCGUUUUAAAAUCUUUCUUCGGGUCAGUUUUAACUCACUCCACCUAUUACCUUUUUUUCUUUCUAACGAAUAGACGACCGAUUCGCUGGAAAUUUGACCUCUGUAGACGCCUUUUGCCGGUUGUUUCCCAUUCUGGAAAGAAACGUUGCUGAUCUAGAUGCCAUGGUUACCACGCUAGGUAGGUGCUUAAUGCGUUUGCCACUACCUGAAACAUAUAGAGGCCACUGUGGAUGAACUCUGUGCCCGCCAAAGAACAACUUGA